AUGGAGUAUCAGUCUAAAAUUAUAAAAGGAUUUCAAUCUGUUUUUUAUUUUAAAUGUAAAGUUUGUAAUAUUGUAGAGAAACUUUAUACUGAAAAUAAUAAAAAAAACCGACACAGUAACAAUCAACAAUGCUGCUGUCAAUGCGUGUCAAGCUAUAGGUAUUGGAUAUACCCAAUUCCAGUUAUUUCGGAUAGUGCAUGGGAAGAGAUGAGGAAAGCCGGCGAGGAAGAAAAAGAACUUGCUUUGAAAUGUGGUAAUGUCGACACUGAUGGUAUUCCGAUGUGUACGGUAGUGGCUGAUGGACAAUGGUCUAAACGAAGUUACAAAACGAAUUAUAAUGCAUCAUCUGGAGUAGUUAGUUUAUUUACUAAAUUCUAA